AUCGAGGUGUAGGCGUCGUUUGCAUUUGGCGAGCGGCAAAUUGUGUUUCCUUUUGUGUUUUGUUUAAUUCACUCGUAAUAUGGAGAAGGGAGCGUUACCCCUUCUCCACGAUAAAUUAAUAUCGAUCCGCGUGAAGAAGUAUCUCGAGGAGCAUAUUGGCGAGACCUAUCUGGAUAUAAAGCAGAUGACCAAGGAGUUGAUGAACACAUAUCCAGACUAUAAGCGUCGCAAAUUCGGUCCCUUCAAGCAAUUGGUGCAUCAAGCUUUUGCUGUCAUAUCUGACAGCUACAACCUGGACAAGGCGGACAGCUCAGGAGAUUCUUCCAGUCAGGACGAAGCCCAACCCAUCAAUAACAGUGUGAUGAACAACAUGAUGAAUGAUUUGUAUUCACAUUCCAGGAAGCAAGUGGCACCUAAAACUUUAAACGAGCCCAUUGACAUAUCUAGUGGGGAUGAGUCAGACAACAACGAUACUAACCUCUCAAAUGGAGAAACUCUUGCUCCGAAUCUAAAUCCAGCUCCGGCUGUGGCUCCUGCUGUGGCUCCGGUUGUGGCUCCGGUUGUGACUUCGGCUGCAUCGACUGCAUCAUCUAACCAGAUCAACACCUUGAAGCGCCUUAUGAACGAUGUGCCAGAGAUGUCUGGGGCUGCAAAGAAAGUAGCCAAACCUAAUUUUGUCCUGGGCAGUGUUGAUAAUGAGGCAACAGCCCACAAGGCUCCUAAUAAACCAUUCAAGCCGGGCUUUCACGAUUCUACUCCUGUUGCGGCUAGGCAGCCUUAUCAGCAACCAUAUAAUCAUCAUUCGAACCAUCGAGGCCCCGUACGACCUCGUAAGAACAAAAAGGAGCUGGAGGUGCAGCACAUCACUGAGAGCUUCCGCGAAAUUGGCGGCAUGGAAGAUACACUUAAGGGGCUUUGCGAGAUGUUCAUCCACAUUAAGUCGCCAGAUUUCUAUUUUCAAUUGGGACUGAUGCCCUCAAGGGGUAUCCUUCUGCACGGACCACCGGGCUGCGGCAAGACCUAUCUGGCACGAGCUAUAAGUGGACAAUUGAAGAUGCCGCUCCUCGAAGUGCCGGCCACGGAGCUAGUUGGUGGCAUCUCUGGAGAGUCUGAGGAGCGCAUACGUGACGUCUUUGAUCAAGCCCUGGCCCUUUCUCCCUGUGUUUUGUUCCUUGAUGAAAUUGAUGCCAUUGCCGGCGAUCGCAUGCACGCUGCCAAGGACAUGAACCGCCGCAUUGUAUCGCAGCUGAUAAGCAGCUUGGAUAGCCUGAGGAUGAACGAGCUUGGCCACUCAGUGAUAGUCAUUGCAGCCACCACACGUCCUGAUGUCCUCGAUCCCGGACUACGUCGUAUCGGUCGCUUCGAUCACGAAUUCGCCCUACGCAUACCAACGCGCAAGGAGCGUCGAGAGAUCCUUCGCCUUCAGUGCGAAUCCUUGAACGUCGAUCCAAAGCUAAACUAUGACAAGAUAGCUGAGUUGACUCCAGGUUAUGUUGGGGCUGAUCUGCUGGCCCUCGUUUGCCGUGCCGCUAACGUGGCCGUGAAGCAUAGAUCCCUGAAGAAGUUCCGGGAGCUGCAUAAGGCCAGUGAGAUGAAUAUGACCACUGUUACGCUGGAUGACGAUGAACCUAUUGAGGAGGAAAAGACAGGGGAUUUAAAUUUAAAGGAUGACGUGGAUAAGAAGAAAAUGGAAACCGGAGCUGAUGGUGAUAAGGCAGCAUCGAAGAAUGACGAAGAAAAGAUUAAUUCUGAUGAAAACUCUAAUGAAAAAGGAAAGGUAUCGAUUGAAGAUAAGGAGAAAUUAAAGGCAGAUAAGAAAGGAGCUAAGAAGGGAAAGGAAGCAUCUAAUGAAGAUAAAGAGGUGGUCGACACAGAAGCUAAAGCUGACGACGAAACUCUUACCUCCAAGGAGGCAGCGCCGACUAAUGGCAAGAUUAAGAAUUCAAUAGACAACAUGGAGGUGGACGAGGAUGCUAAUGAUGAGGACAAGGACGAGAAUGUGGAUGAGGACGAGGACAACGACGUCGACGACGACGACGAGGAGGACAUGGCUUCCGAUGAGCCAAAGGAGCAGCAAGUUGACCCCUCCGAAAACGAAUAUUAUGAGCCUACAUUGGCUGAGCUAACCAACUUUCUGGACAACCCCCCUGACGAUUUCACCGAUCCACACUUCCGUCUUACCCUGGCUGAUUUUGUUGAGGCCAUCAAGACGAUGCAGCCAUCGGCCAAGCGCGAGGGCUUCGUUACGGUGCCAGACACUACUUGGGAUGACAUUGGGGCAUUACAAGAUAUUCGCGAAGAGCUUAAGCUGGCUGUGCUGGCUCCAGUCAAGUAUCCAGAAAUGUUGGAACGCCUCGGACUGACGGCUCCUUCUGGAGUCUUGCUCUGCGGUCCACCGGGAUGCGGCAAAACUCUGUUGGCCAAGGCCAUUGCGAAUGAGGCUGGCAUUAACUUCAUUUCUGUGAAGGGUCCAGAGCUGAUGAACAUGUAUGUUGGCGAGAGUGAGCGUGCUGUGCGCGCCUGUUUCCAACGUGCUAGGAACUCGUCCCCCUGCGUCAUAUUUUUUGACGAGUUCGAUUCGCUCUGCCCUAAGCGUUCCGAUGGCGGGGACGGAAACAACUCAGGGACUCGCAUUGUCAACCAACUGUUGACCGAAAUGGACGGUGUGGAAGACCGCAAGGGUGUUUACAUAUUGGCGGCAACCAAUAGACCAGAUAUAAUCGAUCCAGCCAUUCUGCGUCCAGGUCGUCUGGACACUAUUCUCUACGUGGGAUUGCCUGAGGAAGGCGAGCGUUCCGAAAUUCUAAAGGCCACCACAAAGAACGGAAAGCGUCCUCUGCUGGCUGAGGAUGUGAAUCUCGAUAAGAUUGCUGAACAAACUGACGGCUACACUGGAGCCGAUUUGGCUGGACUGGUUAAGCAGGCGUCUAUGUUCGCCCUUCGCCAAUCUCUCAAUAACGGCAACACAAAUUUGGACGACCUAUGUGUGCGAGACCAGCAUUUCAAGAUGGCUCUACUUCACCUCCGCCCCUCAGUUAAUGAACAGGAUCGCAAAAUCUACAACAAACUGCGCCAGAAAUACGCUGCACCCCGUGUGCCAACCUUCAAUGAUAAGUAACUCUCAACAAUAAUGGAUUUGUUGUAUUAGUCUUUAAGUACUCCCGCUAUGAAACAGAUGCAUUCUGAAUUUGCGAGAAUUAACAUAUAAUUUUCAACAUUAUCGUUACAAUGAAACCAAAUCUGAACAAUUUUCAUUGAUAUAACUUGCCAUAUGCGGUGUGUGAACUUGUACAUUUAUUUUCUUUCUCUUAGAAAGCAAAAGGAAAGCACAAAUAAAACGAUGAACCUUAUUAAACCUUA